AUGGCUGGGCGAAUGCGUCGCUACGAGGAUGAAGAGGCGGAGCGAGUGGCAUCGCUCGAGCCGCUUCAAGGUGGUACAGGGUACCAGGUGUAG